AUGCAGCAAAAGGAGAACCCAUUCUCUAAUGGUGAAAUUUUAAGAGAAAUAAAAGAGCUAAGAGAAUUAAUGGAAAAAGGGAAAGAUGGAGGAAGAAGGCAGCUACAAGAGGCGAUAGAAGAGGCAUCAAAGAUACCCUUCGCACGACGGAUACAAUUAGUAAAAAUACCAACAAAGUUCACACUACCCACAUUUGCUAGCAUCUUUGAUGGAUCUACAUGUGCAGUCCAGCAUAUAAAGGCGUACAACUUAGCUUUGCUACAGUAUGAGGAUAACGAAGCAGUCUUAUGCAAAUAUUUUCCGGCGAGCCUCACAGGAGAAGCUUUGAAGUGGUUCGAUAGAUUUUCAAUAUGUUCAAUAAGAUCAUUAAAGCACUUGCAGAGUUUGUUCUUGGGACAAUACAUCAGCAAUAAUAUACUAAGGUCAGGAAUCGAUAAAGUAUUCAGCCUACGAAGGAGAACGAAUGAAAGCAUGCGAUCUACGACCACUAGAUGGAGGAAAAUGUGUAGCGAAAUGGCAGGAAGAGUGGAUGAAAGAAAUCUCAUCUUAGCAUUCAUCAAUGCACUAUUUCCAACUGACUUGUUGUAUAUACAGAUAUUCAGGAUGAAAGACAGAAUAACGAUGGCAGAGAUGCGCGAGUACCAGGAAGAGUACAUUGCUAUUGAAGAAAAGCAGAUAGAUAUGGAGUCUUACCCAGUUGUAGUUACGAGCGAAAAGGAAGGAAAUGCGAGUCUAUUACCAAGAAUGGCGAACGUGCAAGCACUUGGCAGGGAAGCAAAGAGAAAAUAA